CCGCCACUCACUUCCGGCCUACGCCCUCCAGCGCGGCCUCACCGCGCCCCCGUCACGUGACAAGCGGGCCAAUAGCGGGCCAUACCCGACCCGCGGGGAAGAGGCGCCGCGGUCCCGCCCCGCCGUACGAGCGCCGACCAAUGGGCUCCCGCUCCGCCUCGUGACGCGCGGCCCGCUCUUUGGCGCCGACCAAUGGGGGCGCGGGGCGGCUGCGUUUGAAAGCGCCGGGAGGGGCGGUGACGCCAACGGGUCGACGGGGCGCUGAGGUGAGGGGCGCGGCGGGGGCUGCCGGGAAGUGGGCGGACCGCCGGCAUGGCGCACAAGCAGAUCUACUACUCGGACAAGUACGACGACGAGGAGUUCGAGUACCGAGCCCCACAUCCUGCUGUUCCGCCGGCCGCUGCCCAAGAAGCCGGAGAAGUGAGCGGGCCCCGGCCCACCGAAGCCCCCACCGAGACUGCACCUUCCUCCUCCUCCUCCUCCUCCUCACUCCCGGGGGGGCUUCACCCCGUGACCCUCGGGGCCGCCUGGGCGCUGCCCGGGGCGGGGCCUCGGCCCCAGUGCCGGGGGCGCCCUUCCUGCCGCCAGGCCUGAGCACACGCUGAAGCUUCAAUAAAUGGAUGUUUGGGAA